AUGAAUCAAAAACAAAAUUUCAAUGGAUUAUCAAAUUCUGCGCAAGCAGUAGUAUCACCAGCCGAAGCUAUUUUUAUGUUUAAUCGCGAUGUAGCAUCAAAUCAAUUACAAACAUUUCGUUCAAAUAAUGAACCAGUUCUAAUGACAAGUUUAACAGGUUGCCCUGUUGGUGAUAAAGUUUACGCAUUAUCAGCUGGUUCACGUGGACCAUUAUUGUUAAACGAUUUAACAUUACUGGAUGAAUUAGGACAAUUUAAUGAAGAAAAUAUUUCAGAACGUGUUACAUAUGCAAAAGGAUGUGGAGCAUUUGGUUUCUUUGAAUGUACGACAGAUAUUGGAAGUCAGUUUAGUCGUGCACGAUUUCUUGAUCAACGAAAUAAACAGACACCGAUUGCUAUUCGAUUUUCACGUUUAAGAAGUGAAUUAGGUAGUGCCGAUACACUACGUGAUAUAAGAGGAAUGUCAAUUAAAUUUUAUACUGAUUGUGGUAAUUUUGAUUUAAUAUGUAAUCAUUUACCAGUUUUUUACAUUCGUGAUCCAUUAUUAUAUCCAUCGUUAAUUCACUCACAAAAACGAAAUCCUGUUACAAAUUUAUUUGAUCAUGAUGCUUAUUGGGACUUUUUAACAUUGAGACCAGAGAGUACACAUUGUUUAAUGUUACUAUACACUACUCGUGGAAUUACAAAUGGUUACCGUUAUAUGAACACUUAUUCUGUCAAUACUUAUAAAUUUGUUAACCGAGAAAAUGAAAUAUCAUACGUCAGAUUUCAUGUUAAAUCUAACCAAGGCAUAAGUACAAUUGAUCCAACAAAAUCAUUAGUAUUGGCUGGUAUUGAUAGUGAUUAUGCCUCAAGAGAUCUAUACAAUACAAUAUGUUUAAAUAAAGAUUUACCAACAUGGACGCUAUGCAUACAACAAAUGAAUGAACAAGAAGUGAAAAAUUUAUCCUACGAUCCAUUUGAUACAACAAAAGUUUGGUCUAAAACAUAUUUUCCAUUAAUAUCAUUAGGUAUAGCGAAAAAUACGUAA